CUAAACCCUCAAAUUUCCCUCUUUUCUCAUCAGCUUCAAACCCACCUCUCUCCCCCACUCUCGUUCUUCUCCUCCUACCCACUCUCGCAUCAACAAAACGCUAUCUCCAAAUUCCAAUCCCGAAAAUCCCUUCCGGCGAACCGGCCGGAAGAACCCUCAGCCGGCUUAAGAAACCCACCCACUUGAAACUUUCCCGCGUUUUACGAAUUCCGUCCAUCUUGGGUCUUGGGGAUUGAUUCUCGCAAUUCGGGGAAUUGGGCUCCGUCUAAAAGGAUGGCCACUGGUGGAAACGGAGCCCACCAGGACGAAGGGGACAAGACCCUCUCCGCUGCUACUCCUGUUGCUGGCGGGGCCGUCGCUUCCAGAGGCGGCGGCGGUGAUGGCGGUGGAGGAACCAGGUCGUGGGGGACUACCACCGCCUCCGGCGGUCAAUCGGUGUCGACCAGCGGCAGCGUGGGAUCUCCCUCCAGCAAGAGCGAGCAGGCUAUCGCCACGCCGGCCAGCGAUAACACUUACCUACGGCUGAACCAUCUCGACAUUCACGCCGACGACGCCGCUACCCAGGAUGCUGCGGCUAACAAGAAGAAGAAAAGAGGUCAACGGGUAGUGGGAGCUGAUAAAAGUGGUAGAGGUCUCCGGCAAUUUAGCAUGAAAGUGUGUGAAAAAGUAGAAAGCAAAGGGACAACCACUUACAAUGAGGUGGCAGAUGAACUUGUGGCAGAGUUUGCUGAUCCUGGUGGUGCUGUUCCAGCAGGCCCAGACCAGCAACAAUAUGAUGAGAAAAACAUACGGCGGAGGGUGUAUGAUGCCUUGAAUGUCCUCAUGGCUUUGGAUAUCAUAUCAAAAGAUAAAAAAGAAAUUCAGUGGAAAGGUCUUCCCCGAACUAGUCUGAGCGACAUUGAAGAACUGAAGGCUGAGCGGCUCUCAUUGCGAAAUAGGAUUGAAAAGAAAGCCCACUAUUUGCAAGAACUGGAGGAACAAUAUGUAGGGCUUCAGAAUUUGAUACAACGAAACGAGCACCUAUACAGCUCCGGAAAUGCUCCGAGUGGGGGUGUGUCACUGCCUUUUAUUCUGGUGCAGACUCGACCCCAUGCAACUGUGGAAGUAGAAAUAUCAGAGGACAUGCAGCUCGUCCAUUUCGACUUCAAUAGCACCCCGUUUGAGCUCCAUGAUGAUAAUUAUGUUCUGAAAGCAAUGAAACUCAGUGAGAGACCUCGUGACACCGACUCCCCAACACCAAACAUGAUCAUCAGCAUAGAUGAGGAAAGAUCUAGAAUGUUCCAGCAGCAGCAACAAUUGCUUCCUGCUGCCAUCACAACUACUCCAGUCAGACCUGCUCCCACUUCGCCGCCCAUUCCCGGGAUCAUUAAGUCACGGGCUAAGCACGAGCAUUGACCUGGCGAAUGACAUCUCUCGAUCCGCUUUUUGUGUAUAUCGGUGUAAAGUAAUCGAUGGCUUAGAGAAAAGUGCCCUAGCGGGGGGAUGCCCUUGGCUUCUCCUCUUCCCCCUGCUGUGUUAAUGGCCACCCUGUGUUCUGCAGGAGAUAUCUAGUCUGAUUAUCCAGGUUUGUAAGGCAAAUCCUUCUGUCGUUUUUUUCUCUCUUCACUGUUCUAGAUGAGAUCGAAUAUUUUGUUGUUGUUGGUGGUCAUGAUCAUUGUAGUAGAUUAUAGGGUAGGGUAAGUCGUAAGCCGGGUUUGCCUUCUGGUGCUGUUUAGGCCGCGAAAAACAGAGGAUCCUGUUCAGGCAUAGAGAUUAGAGAGAGCUAUGUUACAUGUUACGGGAGGUUUUAUUAGGAUAUAAAAACGAAUUGGAUUCACUGUAAUUUCAUAUUCAUCCAUUCUUAUCCUUCACUCUAACUCUGCACGGUGGGUUAGUUUAAUAUUUGAGGUUCAGAUGAACGAUGCUCAGCUAGGUGUUGAACCAUUCCCGUCAAAAUUAGUUUAAUAUUGGGUUCAAGGGUUGUGCUAGCUUGUGCACAAACAACACUCAACGUGUCUUAUAAUCCAUACCAGAAACUCUCCGAAACCCGAAACUAGGGCAUAAUCCAAUCACGAGACACCUUAGUUGAUAUGCAGGAGGUUAUCGAAGUCCAGAAGAUAGACAGAAUCCGGGGGAACUUCUGUUUCCGCAGGGGCGGACAGAACUGUAUUGUUAUGUUUGCACAUGAACAAGGCUCUGCGGUGCUUGAAAGACAACGGUUAAUAUUCGAACACAUGAUCUUUCGGUUCUAGGCUCUGAUACUAUGUC